AAAACCUGAAUAUCCAAUUUUUCAGAGGAAGUGGGUUUAGAGAACCGAGCUUCGUGCGAUGCGUUGAUGUUUCAGCAACUUUUUAGUGCGUUUUUUGGGUGUAUUAAACAGCCGGAUAUCACGCGAGAUACAUACUAUCCCCGCCGCUUGACUCGAGUUCAGUGGAAAAACAGCACAGCUUGUUUAUUUCGUCGUGAACAACAAGGGAAGAAACAAUCAUGUCGUUGGAGCCGCUUCACAUCAAGCUGGAAGCUGUCGGAGAGCCUCCCAGCUCGUUCCCAGUGGUUCUAAAGAAAAUAAUGGAAAUGCCUCCACCGAAUAUAUUGGACGACGAUGACGACCCAGAUAAGGAGAAGUCAGGUCUUGGAGGUAAUGCCGACCUGGCCGGAGGAGGAAGCGACACGGGGCCUUCAGCCGCACUGACCCCUGCCAUUUGGGAUAAAACCAUUCCCUAUGAUGGCGAAAGCUUCCACCUGGAGUACAUGGACCUGGAGGAAUUCCUCAUGGAGAAUGGCAUCCCAACGUCACCUGAUGAUGCCACUUUAAAGGAAGACCCAGAAGUGAAUGUCGACAAAACCGAGCAAGUAAAAACCUCUGUGCAGACAAAGCCAGCAAGUGUGUCUCCUGUGACCCUGCUGCCCAUUAAAGAGCUGGACGUGUGUGAGGAAGAAGUGAUGAUCAUCACUAAGAGUGAUUCGGAUGUUACCUGUGACAUCAGUACAGAGGUGACCACCUCACAUGAAAGAUCGACUCCUGAGCCCAUCGACCCAGACGAAAUCGAAGUUGAUGUGAAUUACGAACCAGACCCUACAGACCUGGUCCUGUCGAGCGUUCCUGGAGGUGAACUGUUUGACCCGCGCAAACACAAGUUCAGUGAGGAGGAGCUCAAGCCACAACCCAUGAUCAAAAAGGCCAAGAAGGUGUUUGUCCCUGAAGCUCAGAAGGACGAAAAGUACUGGCAGAGGAGGAGUAAGAACAACAUGGCCGCGAAACGAUCACGAGAUGCCCGCAGGUUGAAGGAGAACCAGAUUACCGUCCGAGCAGCUUUCCUGGAGCGCGAGAACACGGCACUGCGGCUGGAAGUUGCGGAGCUACGGAAGGAGUGUGGCCAAUACAAGAACGUUGUGGGUCACUACAAAGCCAAAUAUGGACAAAUUGUGGUGCCAGAUGACGAAUAGACAUCAGUUGAUUCAUUUAUUUUCUCUGAUGAAUAAAUAAAUCAAACCGUUGGCGGGGUAUGCAACUGUCGAUCUGAUGACCUCAAGGUGGAGUAGAAGAGCUUGUGAAGGCAGGAUGUGACAUUGCCAUGGAGAUGUUAAAUGUAAAGAUAUCAUCUAUUGUUUUUAUUUUUUGUAUUACCACCUAAAUGAGUUGAAUGUAGGAUGUUCAAGUGCUUCUUUAGCACGCCUUGUUUGUUGGGUGCACUUCCUGUUUUGUACACUUCAUGAGUUGUUGUGGAAGAACUCUGAGUUUUACAUUUUUACGUCCAUCUGGGAGGUUUAGGCAGACAAUGGCAUGGUUUAGAUCAGAUCAGUUCAUUUGGUGUGUGUCCCCCCCUUUUUUUUUUUACUUCUCUCAUAACAGAUGGUUUUGAAGAGCUGGGCCUAUCUCUGUGCACUAAAACAUCUGACUGUGACAUUUCCUAUAACUUAAGCUUCUUCAGAGGAUUUCAGUGACAUGGCAAAAAGAGAACAAAGACAGAUCCUAGCGUGCUCACUUCUUUCAUGUUCAUUACCUCUCCAGGGACGAACUGCUCUGUACACAAUGCUUCGAUGUCUGUCCUCUGUCCGCCUGGCGCUGUUUCUCACGAAACUGGACACCUGCUCUAUUUCUCUGCAGGAUGUCCGUUUAAACACGUCUAUUUUGGUCAGCCUCACGUGUUGAUGUGUAGAUUCUGCAUGUGUAGUCAUCAGGUUUAGGGGGGAAAAAAAUGAAGCUUUUUGGGAGAGAAAAUUGUUUGUUUUUUUUUUACAUUUGUUUCACCGAUGUUAGAGCUAACAACUUCUAUCACAUAAUUCCAUAAGUUUGUCUUUCAUGCUAGUUAUUUCCAAACUUAUUUUUACUGAAACACAUGAGCUGAAAGCAUCUGUUCUAAAAAAUACUCAUUCUGUAUAUAUAUUACUGGUAAACUAUAUACAUACUGUGAUUGGGCCUUUUUGUACAGGCAACAAAUUCCAAAUCUAAAGUGUCUUCAAUGUCUAAAGCCAUUUCAAUGCAGCUUGAAGUCUACUAGUUUACUGACCUACCCUCAGGUUAUCUGACUUUCCAACUCUGGCAAUAAAAGGGAAAGCAGUUUUUGCUCUUAUUUAGCUGUUGUGCUUCCAUCCACCGGUAGGUUGAUCAAAUAAGUUCAAUAUUAUGUUGUUUAUUUGGUGAGGAUUUUAAAUGUUAGGAAUGUAACAAAACCCAUUUUUAUUUAACCGAACAGAAUUUUUUUGGAAGAUUUACAAGUCGCUAUUGGGGAAAUAUUCCACAUGUAUUGAACUCAUGAAUCGCUCUGAAGCUUCAUUAUUUUCAGUCACGUUAAAAAUUAUUUUGUAAAUCACGUUUUUUGUGGGUAAUUCUGACAAACAGUAAUGGGCUUUCAGAUAUUUUUUAUUGCCUUGGGCUGUAAUAGAGGCAGCAUCUGCCUUUUCUUUAAAUAGGUCAAAUUUUUAACUUCCUGGUUAUAUCUUUGUAUUUUUUUUUUUGUUUUUAAAAAAAAAAAAAAAAACCUUAUGGCAUUUUGAGUGUGACCCAUCUUGUGUACAUUGGUCCUCAAGAGUGUAUAUAACUUAAAAUUAAAGCCUUGUUGACACAA